GACUACAAACAACUUCUAUUCUAUUCUAUCACAUUGUUUGUAGACGCACUUAACUCAACUCAACUCAACUCAACUCGCCAUAUAAACCAAAACCUCGCCGGAAAAUGAAUUAAACGAAGACGGAGUUCGUAUCAUCACUAACAAUGCUGGUGGAGUUCGUUGUUGGCCGCCGCAAACGUUGAGUAACUCCGUCCAGCUUGGUGAUCCUUGUUACGUGAAAAGAAUUGAGAUCGAGUUUGUUCACAUUAAAGACGGUUUUUGCUCGUAAGCAUAAAGAUGUCUGUUUCUGUGUCCCAUAGUGAAGAACAAGUAGAGAAGGUUCCAAUUAAAACCAUUUCCAAAGGGCUAAUCCAAUGUGAAGAAUGCAAAUCUAAUCCAUCAAAGUACAAGUGCCCUGGUUGCUCGAUACAAUCGUGCAGUCUUCCUUGUGUAAAAGCUCACAAACUGCGUACUGGCUGUACCGGCAAGAGGAACCGGACUCAAUUUGUUCCUAUUUCUCAGUUUAAUGACAAUAUCUUAUUAUCUGAUUAUAAUUUGUUAGAGGAAGUGAAGAGGGUUGCUGAAGCUGCUUCGAGAACGAGAUCUAAGUUAGGCAUGUAUACAAAUUUUAAGUUACCUCAUUACCUCAAAAGCCUACAAAAUGCUGCUCGAAGCCGAAGGACAAAACUAUUGUUUCUCCCAAAUGGAAUGUCACAAAGAGAGAAGAAUCGGUCUCAAUAUGACCAUAGGAAGAAGUCUAUAAAUUGGACAAUAGAAUGGCAUUUUCACUCAACAAGUGUUGUUUUACAUGACCACGGAGUUAAUGAAAACACAAGCUUUUGUUCCAUUCUCGAGAAGCACUUCCAGCCUGGUCCUUGGAAUCAUCAACUAAAGGAAUUUUUUGAUGACGAACUGGAUCAUCUCAAGCUCUUCAUUCGCAAAUACCCGAAGGGUCCCAAGUCACCUUUCAAAGAGUUGGAUAUGAAAGCACCAAUCAAACAACAAUUGGAAAAUGUAGUCAUUUUGGAGUAUCCUGUGAUUUUUGUUUUCUUGCCAUCUCACAGUAUCAAUUUUGAAGUUAUUAAGGCUGUCAAUCCUAGUGUACCUAAAUCACCGCCAAAAGAUAGUGAAGUUAACCUAAUUCCGGAAGGCGUAUCAUUUAGGGAAGAGGUGAUAGAAGAUGACAACAACUCUGACGAUCCUAAAGUUUUUGAUCUCAUGAAGCAUGAAGCUUCAAGUUCAUCACAUCAAGUGUUUGAAGGAGACAUUGAGGGUAAUCUUUCACAAUCUUCUCUGAUAGACAAGGACUUGGAAUUGCCCGAAGAUGUGACAUUUGACUUUGAUCAAGAUUUAAUGGAUGAUGCCUAUGCUGAUCUUAUGUGUCACUUGAAUCCCGAAGAAUUCCUCGAUUUUGACAGUGUAUUUGCCAAGAAAGAUGGAAACGAAAUCAAUUUGUUGCCCACCAUUGAGGAGUUCCCCAUGGCAGAGGAACUGGAGGAAGGUGAAAUUCCAGAGUGAUUGGUAGUUAUACUUAUAGUUACUUCUGUUGAAAAAUUGAGGAGAAAUGAGAGAACAUUGUCGGUGCGAUGAAUCGUAUUGUUUCUGUGAAGGCCUAGUUUCUCGCUCAUAGCCACCACUUCAGGUCAAAUUUUGGUAUUGAAUUAUUUUUCUUUUAUUUGGUAACAUAGUUUUCAAGAAAAAUGGUUACAAUUUCAUGGAUCUUUUUCAAAGUUUGGUCAUUUGCCCUAUGCAAAUUAAACAUUGUAUUAUUAGCUAUUAAUUUAUUAUAAUUAAAAUGGAUACGUUGAUUUUUGCCAAUUCAAUUUGCUGUAUUACCAGUUUCUGUGUUAUAUCUGACACCUUUCAUUCAUAUUGAA